GACUCUGCUUUAUAAGCCUCUAUCCGAAGAGAGCGGAGAGAUUCGACUCAUGGUGGUCAAUCCGGGCAACACAUCCGACCCAAUCAGCUGCAGUUUCGACACAAUCUCCCUGACCGACACACCGACGCCAGCUUAUGAUGCCCUCUCUUACACCUGGGGAGAUGCAAACACCGGUCUUGAGGCGAUUCUUUUAGAUGGACAGAUCCUGCAUGUACGACCCAACCUCUAUGCCGCGUUGCAGGCAAUCCGCAACAGCACUGAUCCAACUGUACUAUGGAUCGAUGCCAUCUGCAUCAACCAAUCGGAUGCAGGGGAAAGAGCCCGGCAGGUUCGUAUCAUGAGAGAGAUUUUUGCCAAGGCUAGAACAGUUUUAGCCUGGGUAGGCCCAUUACAAGACGAGCGUGAUUUCGACGCAAUGGACCUCAUGACCAAGAUCAUCCUCGAGCCGGCAACAUCUCCAGGAGAGGCCACUCGACCCUACUGGGGCAGGAUGUGGAUAGUGCAAGAGCUCGCCGUCGCGCGGGAAUGCUGGGUCCUCUGCGGGUCGAUCAGGCGGCCCUUCGGCGACUACAUUUCUCUGCCGGCCAAGCUGCUGCCACUGAUGCAGCUCAAGGACCUGGAGACUUCCGUAUCGGGGGAAGCAGCCGAUCUUGCGGGAACCCUGACCUUCACUCAGAUGAUUGACGCAGUGUGCCAUUUCCGAGAUGACGGCUGCGAAGUCGAUCUCCGAAGUGUGCUGGAGUUCCUUGCGGGCCACGGCUGCUCAGAUCCAAGGGACAAAGUUUACGCAAUACUGGGAUUGUGUGGCGAAGCAACCCGGGCAGCAAUCGUUCCCGAGUACAGCGAGGCAAUGACGCUCGUGAAGCUGCAUCGCCUGGUUGUGGAGCACUGCCUCGAAGUCGAGGGAAAUCUCACGGUUCUUGCCGGACCUCGUCACUUUGCCGCACAGGAUGAUGGCCUACCAUCUUGGUGUCCAAGAUUCGACGAUAUUGACCAGUGGCUUGCGAAAGAUCCCUUGGAUCUCCGAGGUCCCGGCCUCGCCCAUUCGCCUUUGCUGAGGUUCAUUGAGCAUGCGGAAUCGGGACCGACUAGACUAGUAGUCGGUGGUUACACGGUAGGUAGGAUUGCUUCUCUUGUAGACGUCUACGAGCCCGACAUGGCAUUGGAAAGCCCAGCACCGCUUCCUCUGCUUGAAGAGGUCAUCAACUCGACUCUGCAAAAGGUAGCAAAAAGCAUUACGGAGUCAAACACCAAACUUGAUGGAGGAGGCUUACUCAAACAAGCGGUCAUGUCUACACUUGCAUGGCUGCUAUCAUCUGAGGAAAGACCUCCAACUUCCGAGUUCUUUCAGGACGUGGCAUCGACCCGUCUCAGGCGUAACAGGAUAUUUAUCACGGAGCAGGGCCUGGUUGGAGCAGGGCCUGUUGUUUUUGGGGAAGAUGACUUGUCAAGAAGAGUCAAGACGACAAAGAUGGGCAUCAAAACCUCCUUCACAGCAGCCCUGCUCGCCAUCCCGCUGGGCCUGGCACACCCGCACCCCGUCGACGAGCCUGAAUACCAACACCAUGCCAGACCACUGAUGGAGCGAUCUCUGGAUCACUGCGCCGGACACUUUGCCGAGCCCGAGUUCAUAAAGAGGACUAUCGACCGCCACAGCGACGAGUACGACAGGUUACGACGCGCUCUGGGGAUUGAGCCCGAGGGGAGUCCCCACAUCUCCAAGCGAGACUACAUCUCCGUGUCCAGGAUCGACCACAAGAGCAAGAAGCCCGUCUCCAAGGGCAUGGAUCUGUCGUCCCUGUUCACAGACUACGGUGCAUGCAUGCUCAUGCCCGCUGUUGACCAGGGCCCGCUGUACGUCAAGGGCGAGGAAAUCCGCAAGGACAUCACAAACGGCGAAAAGGGCAUCCCGAUGACUCUCGCCAUACAAGUUGUCGACUACCAGACCUGCAAGGUUUUGCCAGACGCCUAUGUGGACAUCUGGAGCUCGAAUGCAACGGGUAUGUACGUUGGCGUACAAGGCUACCCAGGAAUGGGUGAUCCGAAAGAUGCCAGCAUUCUCAAGGGAACCACACUCCGCGGCGUGCAGCCCACAGACAAGGCCGGAGUAGCUUCCUUCGACACCCUGAUGCCAGCAAUCGUCUACCUCGGCGCCACCAAGCUUCAAAACAACACGCUGUCCGGCGGCCGGGCGGCGCAUGUCGGCCAGCUGUACUUUGACCAGUCGCUAGUGACGGCGUCGUCGCAGACAGCGCCCUACAACACCAACCGGAUGGCGACGACGCUCAACGUGCGCGACUUCCUCUUCAUGCAGGGCGCCAACGGCGACGACCCGAUCGUCCGGUACGCGCUGGUCGGGGACAGGCUCGAGGACGGGCUGUUUGCGUGGAUCCGGUUCGGCGUCAGGGCCAACGCCAACCUGCCCGUCAACCCGGCCGCGUUUUGGACCGCCGGCGGCGGCGUCAUGAACCCGACCGGUCCCGUCUCGCGCCUCGGUGGCGGUGGGUUCGGCGGCUGGCCGGGCGGUAGGAACAAGGCGAGGGCCGUUGCCGAGGCUGUUGCGGACAGGGAGGAUUAG